UGGCCCUGUCACUGCUGGGGAUGGCAGCGGGUGGUCCUGUCACCGCCGGGGUGGCAGCGGGGUGGCCCUGCCACUGCUGGGAUGGCACCAGCAUGGCCCUGCCACUGCUGGGAUGGCAGCGGGGUGGCCCUGUCACCGCCGGGAUGGCAGCGGGGUGGCCCUGUCACUGCUGGGAUGGCACCAGCAUGGCCCUGUCACCGCUGGGAUGGCACCAGAACGGCCCUGCCACUGCUGGGAUGGCAUUGGGGUGGCCCUGCCACUGCUGGGAUGGCAUCGGGGUGGCCCUGCCACCGCCGGGAUGGCAGCGGCACCGCAGGGUCCCUGCCCGCGCCGUGGGGGACACCAGGGCGGGAUGUGGCACUGGUACUGUCACAGUGCCCGUGGGUGACGCCCCGCUGGCACCCCGUGCCACCCUGAGCUCCCGAAUUCCCGGUUUUCUCCCCAAAUUAGCACCCAUGGGUGACCCCUGCUGGCACCGCCACCCCGUGCUCCCAAAUUCCCGGUUUUUCUCCUCAAAUUGGCACCCAUGGGUGACCCCUGCUGGCACCGCCACCCCGCGCUCCCGAAUCCCCGGGUUUUCUCCCCAUUUCGUUGCCCGUGGGUGACCCCUGCUGGCAGCGCCACCCCGUGCCACCCCGCGCUCCCGAAUUCCCGGUUUUUCUCCCCAAAUGGGCGCCGGCGUUGCCGCGGCCCCGCCCGUCGGGAUCGAUCGAUCGAUCCGGGUUAAUGAUCCCGGGAUUUACGGCCCCGCGCGGGGCUGAUUGGCCCCGGGGCCAUCAGGCCAGCAGGGCCCUCCCCGGGUGGCACCGCGGGGGGCGGGGGGCCGGUUUAUAGGGCCCGGUGGCACCGGGGACACCCCCCCGUCAGCAUGGCCGGCAGCCUGGCACUGCCCGCAGCCCUGCUCGCCGCGCUCCUGGCGCUGGCAUCGCCGUCGCUGACCCCCACGCACCAGGCCGGCGUCUGCGCCUUCUACGGCGAGUGCGGCACCAACCCCGAGGUCAACGUGUCUCUGGUGCCCUCCAAGGUGCCCUGCCUGUCCAACACGCCGGCGCGGGUGGCCUCGGGGGCACUGCUGGCACUGCUGCGCUCCGUGUGCCCCGAGCUGGUGCGCGGCGACAACGACACCACGCGCGUCUGCUGCAGCUACGGGCAGCUCGUCGCGCUGCGCCUCAGCGUGGGGCUGUCGGGCACCGUGCUGGCACGGUGCCCCGCCUGUGCCCGCAACUUCGCCAACCUCUACUGCCACAACAUCUGCAGCCCCGACCAGAGCCUGUUCACCAACGUCACCCGCGUCACCGACUACGCCCUGGUGCCCGGUGCCCGCGCCGUGCUGGAGUACCAGCUCUUCUACCGCGCCCGCUUCGCCGAGGCCGCCUUCGCCUCGUGCCAGGGCGUGCGGCUGCCGGCCACCGGCGGCUAUGCCAUCGCCACCAUGUGCGGCCGCUACGGUGCCCAGCUGUGCACGGCCCAGCGCUGGCUGGACUUCCAGGGCGACAAGAACAACGGGCUGGCACCGCUGCAGAUCGACUUCCAGCUGCUGCCCAACGGCUCCGAGCCCGGCCAGGGCAUCGCCCCGCUGGACGCGCCCGUGUGGGGCUGUGACCAAGCGCCCAGCGCUGACCAGGAGCCCUGCUCGUGCCAGGACUGCGCCCGGGCCUGCCCGCCCGUGGUGCCACCCUCGGACCCGCCGCCGCCGUUCCGCCUGGGCGAGGCCGAUGGCGUGCUGGUCAUCUGCAUCCUCAUCUUCGCCGUCCUCGCCCUCGUCUUCCUGGUGGCCGUGCUGUGCCGCAGGGGCACCGCCGAGGUGGCACAGAAGCCACGCGGCCGCGGGUGCUCGGAGCGGGCGGGCGACGCUUGGCACCGCGCCCUGGAGCGGGCGUUCCGCUGGUGGGGCACGGCGGUGGCCACGCACCCCGUGGCCGUGCUGGUGGUGGCCGUGCUGGCCACCGCGGGGCUCUCGGCUGGGCUGGUGACCCUGCGCCUCACCACGGACCCCGUGGAGCUGUGGUCGGCGCCGGGCAGCCGUGCCAGGCAGGAGAAGGCGUUCCACGACCGCCACUUCGGGCCCUUCCUGCGCACCAACCAGGUGAUCGUGACGGCGCCGGGCCGGCCCGGGCUCACCUACGACUCCGUGGUGUUGGGCACGAAGAACUUCAGCGGGGUCCUGGCCGAGGACGUGCUGCGGGCACUGCUGGAGCUGCAGGAAACGCUGGCAGCCACCACGGCGUGGGCACCGGGCGCGGGCAGGAACGUGAGCCUGCGGGACGUGUGCUAUGCCCCCCUGAACCCCACCGAGCCCAGCGUGGGCGACUGCGCCGUGUCCAGCGUCACCCAGUACUUCCAGAACAACGGCAGCCGCCUGGCGCUCACGGCCAUGCAGGAGGAUGGCAAGGACAAGAGCAUCGUGGACUGGCACGACCACCUCAUGUACUGCGUCAACUCCCCGCUCUCCUUCAAGGACAUCACGGCGCUGGAGCUGAGCUGCAUGGCCGCGUACGGCGGGCCCGUGUUCCCCUACAUCGCCCUGGGCGGCUACCGCGACUCGGAGUACACGGAGGCCGAGGCGCUGAUCGUCACCUACUCGCUGAACAACUUCGAGCCGGGGGACCCGCGCCUCGAGUGGGCGCAGAGCUGGGAGCGCCGCUUCCUGCAGGUCGUGCGCGACUUCCAGCGGCAGCACGGCCGCAACCUCUCGGUCACCUUCAUGGCAGAGCGCUCUCUGGAGGACGAGAUCAACCGCACGAGCGGGGAGGACGUCCCGGUGUUCGCCACCAGUUACCUGGUGGUCUUCGUCUACAUCGCGCUGGCCCUGGGCGAGUACACGGCCUGGAGGAGAGUCCUGGUGGAGUCGAAGGUGACGCUGGCGCUGGGUGGCAUCCUCGUGGUGCUGGGCGCCACGGUGGCAUCCAUGGGGCUCCUGGCGCUGCUGGGGCUGCCCUCGUCCCUCAUCAUCAUCGAGGUCGUGCCCUUCCUCGUGCUGGCCGUGGGCGCCGACAACAUCUUCAUCUUCGUGCAGGAGUUCCAGCAGUCGCAGCGGGAGCCGGGCGAGACGCGGGAGCAGCACCUGGGGCGGGUGCUGGCACAGGUGGCACCCAGCAUGCUGCUCUGCAGCCUCUCCGAGGCCGUCUGCUUCCUGCUCGGUGCCCUCUCGUCCAUGCCCGCCGUGCGCACGUUCGCGCUCACGGCCGCGCUCGCCAUCGCCUUCGACUUCGUGCUGCAGAUGUCGGGGUUCGUGGCGCUGGUGGCGCUGGACAACCGGCGGCAGGAGGCCGGGCGCUUCGAUCUCUGCUGCUGCUGCGGGACGGGCAAGGGCGGCCCGGGCGGGGCGGGGGCGCGGCUGCUGCGCCCCUUCCUCGAGCGCUACUACACCCCCCUGCUGCUGCACCCCCUCGUGCGGCCCGCCGUGGUGCUGCUGUUCCUGUUCCUGGCCUGCGCCGGGCUCUUCCUGCUCUUCCAGGUGUCCGUGGGGCUGGACCAGGAGCUGGCGCUGCCCGAGGACUCGUACAUGCUCCAGUACUUCUCGGCGCUGAACCAGUACCUGGCCGUGGGUGUCCCCACCUACUUCAUCACCACGGGUGGCUACAACUUCUCCUCGGCCAACGGCACCAACGCCAUCUGCUCCAGUGCCGGCUGCGACGCCGACUCGCUCACCCAGACCAUCCAGCUGGCCACGCUCUUCCCCAACGUGUCCUACCUGGCCAUCCCGGCCACCUCGUGGGUGGACGAUUUCCUGGACUGGCUGAACCCCAUAGGGCACUGCUGCCGCUUCCACCAGUCCGGGCCGGACGAGGGGAAGUUCUGCCCCUCCACCAGCAGUGACCUGAGCUGCCAACAGUGCCUGCAGUGGAUGCGGCGCCCCACGGCCGAGGAGUUCCAGCGCUUCCUGCCCUGGUUCCUGCAGGACCGGCCCAACCUGCAGUGUGCCAAGGGGGGCCUGGGCGCCUACGACACCGCGGUGAACAUGGAUGCCAACGGCACCAUCCUGGCGUCGCGGUUCAUGGCGUACCAGCGGCCGCUCCGCACCUCGCAGGAGUUCACGGCCGCCCUGCGCGCUGCCCGUGCCCUGGCCGAGCGCAUCACCCACACCCUGCGCAGGGUGCCCGGCACCGACCCCGCCUUCCGCGUCUUCCCCUACACGGUGACGUACGUGUACUACGAGCAGUACCUGACCGUGGUGUACGAGGGGCUGGUGAUGCUGGCACUGUGCCUCGUGCCCACCUUCGCCGUGUCCUUCCUGCUGCUGGGCAUGGACCUGCGCUCCAGCCUGGCCACGCUGCUGACCAUCGCCAUGGUGCUGCUGGACACCGUGGGCUGCAUGGCACUCUGGAGCGUGCCCUACAACGCCGUGGCACUCAUCAACCUCGUGGCGGCUGUGGGCAUCUCGGUGGAGUUCGUGUCCCACAUCACCUGCGCCUUCGCCCACAGCCGCCAGCCCACGCGGGUGGCACGAGCCACCGAGGCCACGGUCACCAUGGGCAGCAAGGUGGUGGCCGGGGUGGCCAUGACCAACCUGCCGGGCGUGGUGGUGCUGGCGUUCGCCAAGGCGCGGCUCGUCCAGAUCUUCUUCUUCCGCCUCAACCUCAUCAUCACCCUGGUGGGGCUGGCACACGGCCUGGUCUUCCUGCCCGUGCUGCUCAGCUACAUCGGGCCCAGGCCGCGGGUGCCAGCGGGGGAGGACACGGCGGGGGACAGGGCACAGGGUGCGGGGCUGGUCCUUGGCAACCCCUACUUCAAGGACACGGAAAAGGAAAAGGAAAAGGAAAAGGAAAAGGAAAAAGGAAAAGGAAAAGGAAAAGGACACGGACAAGGACAAGGAGGGGGUGUCUGGGAAAGGCUGAGCCCCCCCGCCCCCCCAGUCCCCCCCCGUGCCCCCCCUUUUCUAUUUAAACUGUUUUGUCAGAUCCUGGACUGGAUGGACUGGGAUGGGCAGGGCUGGGGGGGGAAGGGGUGCUGCGCCUCGGCUCCCAAAUGUGCCAGGGGUUGGGGACGUGGGGACACGAUGUGGGGCACAAGGACACCGUAG